AGCGCACCAAAGAGUGUGCUCCGCUUUUGCUUGUGUGUUUGUCCUGUGAUAUUUUGUGCUUUGUGUCGGAUUUUUUGCGGAUCAUGAAUUUUGUCGGCCGACAUGAUCACAUCGCUGGCGGCUAUCGACGCGUCAAUGCAGCAACCUAUGGAUUUCCGCUUUCUCAUAAUGCGAGUGAAACAAAGCCUUUCGUUAAAGAAAGUCUGUCCUGGAAAUGGCAUAAGGGUUCCCGCGUUAGCACAAUCAAUGAUUGGCUACAAAUCAAAAUCGGCGGCGAUGAGGAGGUGAAAAAGAAAAAGGGGCGUCAACAAUUGAAUCGCAUUAAAUCAACCAAAUACACAAUAAUAACAUUCCUGCCACAAAAUUUGCUCGAACAAUUUCGACGAAUAGCAAAUUUCUAUUUUCUCAUUAUGACUGUCAUAUCGCUAGUGAUUGACAGUCCCGUCUCACCGAUGACAUCAUUGCUGCCGCUGGCCUUUGUAAUUGCCGUCACAGCCGCUAAACAGGGCUAUGAAGACUUCUUACGCUACAGAACCGACAACGUCGUGAAUCGCUCACCAGUGACAGUCAUACGCAAUGGUGUUGCGACAGACAUCCAAUCGCAGCACGUUUGUCCGGGCGAUUUGGUGGUGGUGGAGCGCGAUUGUGAUGUGCCUUGCGACUUGGUGUUGCUACGUAGCACCGAUCCACAUGGCAAAUGUUUCAUAACCACAGCCAAUUUGGAUGGUGAGUCCAAUUUGAAGACGCUAUUGGUGCCGCGCGAUCUGCCGCUAGUCGAGAUCAACCAGUUGCACAAAUUGGGCGUCAUCGAGUGCGAGAGUCCAAAGACUGAUCUAUAUAGUUUCAAUGGUAAGAUAGAGCUGGCCGGCAGUGAGGGACGCGUACUGCCACUGUCCGCUGAUAAUGUGCUAUUACGUGGCUCGCGUGUUAAGAAUACCGAAUGUGUGAUUGGGUGUGCCGUGUACACCGGCAUGACCACCAAGCUGCAGCUGAAUAGCAGACUAACGCGCAAUAAAAGUGCCUCUAGUGAGGUGUAUGUUAAUCGUUUUUUGGUUGUGGUGCUCGUCUUGAUGAUUGGCAUAGUGUCGAUGAUGUACUUCUUUAAGCGUUAUGAGGAGAUUUAUGUAGUUCCCAAUCUGGCAUAUUUGGGCCCUGCUGCCGAUGGUUACAGCAUAAAACAAUUCCUACAGGAUUACCUAUCUUUUUUGAUACUCUUCAAUUAUUUGAUACCCAUAUCGUUGUAUGUGACUAUUGAGUUACAGCGUGGUAUUGGCGGAUUCUUCAUGGAAUGGGAUCUGCAGUUGUACGAUGAGGCAACCGAUGAGCAUUUCAUAGUUAAUACGUCGAAUUUGAAUGAGGAAUUGGGUCAGAUUGACAUUUUGUUUUCGGAUAAAACUGGCACAUUAACAAAGAACGAAAUGAUUUUUCAACAGUGUUCGAUAAAUGGACGGAAAUAUGUUUUUAAGAAGACGCGUUUGCUAGAGGAAGAGACCGGCGCACUGAUCGAUAUCAAUAAAUUCAAUAAAGAUCAGAAGAACUUCUUUCAAGCACUGACUAUCUGUCACACAGUUCAAGUAGCAGGUGACUCAGAUAGCAACCAAGCAAAAGAGGCUGAAACACCGGACAAAGAAGCUAAUGGCCGAAGUGGGCUUGCCAAAAUGUACUCAAUUUCAGACAUCACCGAAGAGAGUCAUAAUUCUAGUCAACAGAGUGGCGUCAAUUUCGAUAAUAUACAAGUGUUGGAAACAUCUAUAACAAAUAAUCCAAAUGGUCAGACCCAUAAUAGCAUCAACUCCAAUGAUGCUAUUAGCGCCAUAAAUAGUAAUGGCACAAAUGGCUCGAUUGCCGCAAACAUUACCUCUGAUAUAAACCCGUUACUUGACGAAACCGAUAAGGUGGAGAAGCGUAAGCGUCCGUUAAUUGUUAAGCGUAGCCCGAAUUUUACGCGUGCCACGUCGAGAAUACAUCCAGUUAUGUCGUUACCAAUACAAAUGACCAAUGGUACGGGCGUUGGAUGUACGAUUGAAAUGGUGAAUCGGUCAACAGCGCCCAACUUAUUAGUGCCUGCUGGUUCACGACCCUCGUCAUUACCUUUCACACGAUCCACAUCAGCUAUAGAUUUGCCAGAUGAUGGUUCCGUUGUUCCGAUAGCGACGGGUCACAAACGAUCGCAAUCCUAUGGCGCACCGGCGGCAUAUAUUACGCAGCCAGGGCAGCAAGGUGGUGUACUUUACCGUACAGCAAGCACUAUGUCGCGUGAGUCCUACGCAGCGCCCAACUUCCAAAGGCAGCCCACCAUUCUGAUACGCGCAGAGUCACAACGACGUAAGCACGAGAUUGAGCAAGUUGUGCACACACUCGACUACCAAGCGUCCAGCCCGGAUGAAAAGGCACUCGUCGAGGCUUGUGCCAAUCUGGGUCUCGUCUAUAUGGGCGAUGAUGAUGAUGUCUUACGCAUAAAGGUUGUGCCACCGCACAUGGAUUAUUCGCGUCCCUUUAGCGUUGGAAAGGUCAACGAAAUGCAUUUCAGCCGCCUAAAUGUGCUAGAAUUUACCUCGGAUCGCAAGCGUAUGAGCGUGAUUGUCAAGGACGAAAAUGGCACGAAGUGGAUUUACACGAAAGGUGCUGAAAGUUAUGUAUUUCCGUUGUGUGCCAAUACUCAGUCAGAGAUUGUAUCGCGUACUGACGCGCAUAUAAGCGAUUUUGCACGUCAGGGUUUGCGUACAUUGGCGGUGGCGCGCCGACGCGUUGGUGAUCAUGAGUACCGACAGUUUGUCGCUGGUUUGAGUGAAGCGAACAGCUCGUUGGAGAAUAGAAAAGAGUUGCUCGAGCAAACAUAUGCAAACAUUGAGUGCAAUCUCGAGCUUCUGGGCUCUACUGCCGUUGAAGAUGCUUUGCAAGAUGAAGUCGCCGAUACAUUGAUCUCUCUACAAAAAGCUGGCAUUAAAAUUUGGGUGCUUACCGGCGACAAGGUGGAGACGGCACUCAAUAUUGCGCUCUCUUGCGGUCACAUACCGCCCGAUGCCAUUAAGUACUUCAUUAUCGAUUGCCAAUCGAAAGAGGAUAUGUUGGUGCAUUUGAAUGCGCUCGACCGGGAAAUUGUCUUUGGCAUUGGGGCGCCAUGUGCGCUGCUGAUCGAUGGCAAAAGUCUCAGCAUAGCGCUGAGUGAGACGCCUGAGGUCUUCCGUGAUAUUGCAAUCAAAUGUACGGCUGUGCUCUGCUGUCGUCUGAGUCCAUUGCAAAAAAGUGAAGUGGUCUCACUGAUUAGAACUGCAAAGGAAGGCUAUACCACAGCUGCGGUGGGCGAUGGUGCAAACGAUGUAUCAAUGAUUCAGGAAGCGCACGUGGGGCUCGGUAUAAUGGGCAAAGAAGGGCGACAGGCGGCGCGUUGUGCAGACUUUUCAUUCGCAAAAUUUUGUAUGCUGAAGCGCCUGAUAUUGGUGCAUGGGCAUUACCAUACGACGCGUUUGUGCUACCUGGUGCUUUACUUCUUCUACAAGAAUAUAUACUUUAUGGGUAUCAUGUUCCUAUUUCAAUUCUAUUCACUAUUCUCUUCCGGUUCGGUAUAUGAUUCUCUAUUCUUGACGCUAUAUAAUGUGAUUUAUACCUCGUUGCCGAUUUUAUUUAUAUCACUUACGGAGAAGCCGUACAGCGAAGAGAUGCUUAUGACGCAACCCGAGCUCUACAAAAAGAAUACAAACAAUAAGGGUCUUCAUUGGCAGUAUUUCCUUGUCUGGUCAUUUUUUGGCGUCUAUCACACCCUGAUCACCUUUUUCUUCACCGAGUAUGUGUUUUCUACAAACAAUGUUCUUUUGAAUGUUGGGCAACCGGCAGAGUUCUCUUGCUUUGGCACGCUGCUUAUGCAAAUCGUUGUGGUUGUGGUCAACUUGAAAUUGCUGCUGGAUUCCAAGUACCUGAGCUAUUGGUUCAUAGUAUCGAUUGUGGGUUCCAUACUAUCGUUUGUGAUAACCACUGUGAUUUAUAACGUAAUCGAUCUAGACUAUGAUACCGAUAUCUAUUGGGCAUACAAUAAGCUGCUUUGCUCUCUUCCUAUAUGGCUUUUUACCAUACUCACAGUAAUUGCAUGCCUACUGCCUGAUUACGUAAUACGAGUUACACCGAAAGCUUUUAAUUUGCCGAAACGCAGCUUUUAUCCGAAUGCAGGUCGUCUAAAAAUGGAACGAAAAAUAAAUACGACACAUUUAUGAGUUUGGAAAAACCCUUCACAAGGCUGCUGAGUUAUCGAUUUAAAAAAGUUAUGUACUAUAUUUGUUUUGUAGCGUAAGAAUGGUUUGUAUGUAUGUUUUCAUACGCAUAUAUGUAUUUACGUAUACAUAUAUACUGUAUAGUAAAUACAGAUGUGUACUUAGUACUUAGAUUUAAAAAUAUCCACGGCAGUUAAAUGAGGAUGAAUGUUCAAACUUCUUCAGAACUUUGUUAACUUUCUUUAGAUUUUAUUACAGUCGCAGACGAAGAUUUUAAAGCUUUCUAUAGACUUAUGAGGAUGAGCCUUCAAAAUUCUGCAGAGAAUUUUAAGCUUUCUAUAGAUUUUAUGAGAAUAAGCUUUCAAACUUCUUCAGAGCUUUUUUAGCUUUAUUUAGAUUUUAUCCAUUCCGAACGAAGGUUUGUAAGUGUUCUAUAUAUUUUAUACAUACAUGAAAACUAUAGAAUGCCUUAAGCGCGAGAAAUAUUUUGGUAGUGACUGUUAUAUGUAUCCCUCGUGAAAAGUUUUUCAAAGCUUUCUACAAGGAAAAAGCUCUCUCUGAUCAUUAAAAGCUCAUGUUUAGAGAUUUUAUACCAUGCCUUUAAUUCCGAAAAAAACGGAAAGAGCUUAAGGGAAAUCGCGACGAAUGUUUUCUCCACCCUAGCAUCUUACUAAAAUAGUAUUAUUCACACUUUGUAAAGUGCAUUCACAAUAAUUGUAAAGACCUAUACCUAUAGCAUUUAAGUUUGACACCAAAUAUAGAGGCCUAAGAUUUACAUAUAGUAUUAAUUUAUUUUUUAAAUAA